AUGAAUACCCAUUCUGCGGUGGCUGCAAGGCCGAUCCUGGCAUCCUCACUUCUUCCCCCAGGGUCCGAGGACGAUGACAGAAGUACGUCUAGUUCGGAAGAUGAGGAUGGAUGGCGGCUGGCAUCUGAGAUCUACGGUGACGAAGGAUCAAAGAAACCCGCAGCAGCCAUCGUGUCAGCAGGCCGGGUACUGGGGAUAUCUUCGCUGAUACUCAGCAUAGACCCUGGGAAAAAGGCGCCAAAUGGCAGAGAGUAUGUUCAGGAAUGGGUUGACGAAUUAUCACUACACUUGCUAAUUUCCACAAUCACACGAAACACGACUGCAAACCGGCCAAGGGCUUUCAUUAUCCAAUUUAGAGGUUGUCGUCCGCUAUCAUCUAGCUUUCUUCAAGGGUUUAUACGAGAAAAGAUGCCCGAACUCUCCCUUGAGGAGAUAGAGAGCAUCCUACGUGAUGUCAACGUAUUUCAAGCGUUCGAAUUUGGCCAGAUACAAGGUGCUGUUGACCAAGUAUCUGACCUCCUCUUCAAAAUUGAACAGGAACAACAGAGAGCAGAUAAGAAGCCUGGAGUCUCAACCUCUGCGCGACUAGACGACCGAGACAGUACUACGCAGUCAGAAAACAGACCUCGAAAAAGAGACCCCUUUGAACCGCCCAUCUUGCUCCUCAUCGAAGGAAUAGAUGUAGCAAUACAGGAAACCAUCCGCUCAUCUGAUAUGGACACUGCGGGAGAUCGUUUAUGCUCCUUUCUCCGCACUCUCACUCUCCUUUGCAGGACAUACAAGUCCCUGCUUGCCGUUAUCAUUGCCAAUUCUAUAACGCUACGACCAGAGAUACCAAAGGCAAUACAGAUGGCUCCAGAUGAACUCCGGACCCAAGUGCGCAACGGCCUAACUCCAGCUGAAACAGCCUUAACCACCCCCUAUAGGCUUGAGGAUAUGAGUUUCCCAGUAGAAUCCGUUUUUGAGCCACCUGACGACCGCCGGUUGAUUAGCGGUUCUCCAUAUCCAUCUGGUCUGCCUCUGUUCCAUUUUGCCGACGAGCUUGACGAGGGUAUUGAUGUUCAUUUGGUGGUCUCGAGUGUAGACAACGAGCGAGUGGUGGAGAUAGUCAAAGACAGGGAGGGAAAUAAUCUAGGGCGUUGGGAUAUUUUCUAA